GGAUUGGCAGAGGCGCGAGUGGGGUGGACAGUUCCACGCCGCCGUGGCCGGCUACGUGGAUCUUGCUGAAGCGGACUUUAUCGUCCCAGCGAUGGCGGUGGAGUCUGGCAAGAUCGUCGUUCUGAGCCCAGUCCGCCCAGAGAAAUAUUCUGGCGCGUUGAAUGUCAUGAGGCGGGUGCUUCGCGCAUUUGGCGGCGUGGCGAACACCGCCGAGUGGUCGUUGCACAGCCCCAGAUUUUUCUUCCCGACGCUUGCCGGCCAGCUUCGCUUCCCCAUGGAAGAACGCUGGACAUUGGGCAGGUGA